GUGCGCCCGCACGCGAGAACUUGAGUUAGUACGAGCUUAACGUUGCCCCCGGUCGGGUGCUAAUUGGCUUGUGUUUGGAGUGUUUGAAAGUGAGCGUUAGUGUUUAUCUUAGACUGUUUUUCCUGCACCACACCACAACAAAACAAUGCAGGAAGGAGUGCCAACGGACAGUGUCGCGCUGGAAGCGAUCGAAAAGUUAGGCCCGCGGGAGAAAUGGCGCAUUGUGAAGAACAUUGCCGUGCUGGGGAUUGCGUUCAUGAUACACUUUACCGCGUUCCAUGGGACGUCCAACCUGCAGAGCUCGCUGCACAACGAUGGAUCGCUGGGAGCGUACACACUGGCCUGCAUCUAUGGGUCGUUGAUUUUGUCCAACCUCUUCCUACCGGUGCUGGUGAUAGGGCUGCUGGGGUGCAAGUGGACGAUCGUGGUGUCGUUCGUUGCCUACAUGCCGUACAUUGCGGCCCAGUUCUACCCGUCCUUUGCCACGCUCAUACCGAGUGGGCUGGCCGUUGGGUUCGGCGGUGGGCCGCUCUGGUGCGCCAAGUGUACCUACCUCUCGAUCAUAGCGGAAGCGUUCAGCAUUGCCACGCGGCGCAAGGUCCGCACCGACUAUCUGAUCGUAAAGUUCUUCAGCUUGUUCUUCGUGUUUUACCAGCUGGCACAAGUGCUGGGCAAUUUGAUAUCAUUCACCGUGCUGUCCUACGGGGAGACUGAAUCGGCGCCGGUGAAUGGUAGCGUGAUCGAAUCGAGCGUGAAUAUAUCUGCAACGUGCGGUGCAAACUAUGCUGCACCGAUCCACCAGGAGGCACAGACUGCAAUUGACCUAAAACGGCCCGAACCGGAGCAGCUGAACCGUCUGACCGGUAUCUUUCUGGCGUGCAUGGUGGCGGCAUCCAUUUCCGUGGCGCUGGGUGUGGAUUCCCUCAAAAGAUACAAUAUGGUGCGCAAAGCGCCCGAUAAUCGAACGUCCGGCAUGAACACACUUGUCAUCACCUUGCGUCAUCUUGGUCACAAGUAUCAGCUACUGCUGAUACCGAUCACCGCAUUCAUCGGCAUAGAGCAAGCGUUCAUAACGGCCGAUUUCACAAAGUCUUUCGUUGCUUGCGGGCUCGGCAUUAGCUACAUCGGUUACGCGAUGAUAAGCUUCGGGUUGGCGAAUGCCGUCGCUGCCGCCUGCACUCCGUACAUCACGAAGCACCUUGGCCGCCGGCUGCUCAUUCUGGUGACGUGCCUGUUCCACGCGGCGCUAAUCGUGUUCAUGCUGCUGUGGACACCGACCGACGAGUAUUACAAGUAUUCGAUAAUCGUCGCCUGCUGGGGAUUGGCGGACGGUGUCUGGCUGAUUCAAAUCAAUUCACUGAGCGGUGUUCUGUUCCCGGGCAAGGAGGAGGCUGCGUUCAGUAACUUUCGAUUAUGGGAAGCUUGCGGCUCGGUAAUCAUGUACUCAGCCAGUUCGUUCUUCCCCACCUUCCACAAGCUGCUGUUUGUGCUGGGCGUGAUGAUUGUUGGCACGAUCGGGUACGGGGCAAUAGAGUUUAUGGAACAUCGAGCAAAGCGCAUAGAUCCCGGAAAGCGCUUUGAAGCUGUUGAUCAAGAACCGCACGAUAGCUGAAUUACAAAUUGUAAAGGAAAGUCGGAACGACUGAGAAUCCUUUGCCUCUGUUCCUUUCUGUAUGGUUUAGAUAGUGCUUGCAAAGGAUAAACGAAAAUCAAAAGCUCAAACUUGACCGUUAAAUGGCUGCGUACUUUAUACGAGCUUGCCUUUUCAAAAACUACUGUACGCAGCUAAAAAGUAGUGAGAAGACUUCAGGCGUUAUUAAGGCUUUUUGGGCAUUUUUAUGUGAAAUUAGAUUGUAAUGUUCGCCACGUACUGUUCACGAUACUCACAAAUUGUUGUCAGAAUAAUGAUUUUAUUCGGAUA